CAGCAUCUCACCAUCGCUCUCUCCACCAUGGCGUGCAUCAAGUUCGUCCGCGAGGCCUUCGAGAAGUCGUGUGUCGGCCACGACAAGGUCGUCCUCUCCAACCUCCAAAUCGUCGAGGCCCGCCCGGGGUACGUCAAGUGCAUCUUGCCCGUCCAGGCGCAUAACCUCAACACGUUUGGGACGACGCACGGCGGGUGUGUCAUGUCGCUCGUCGACACCGUCACCUGGUUGGCGAUGGCCACCGUCGGCCUCCCCGAGGUCGAGAGUGUCAGCACCAACAUGAGCUGCGAGUUUGUCAAGCCGUGCGGCCGCGAGGGCGACGAGCUCGUCUGCGAGGGCACUUGCGUGCAGCAGGGCCGCCGCCUCGCGUUCACCCGCGUCAACUUCUCCGUCAACGGCAAGCUGUGCGGCUUCGGGUCGCACACCCAGGCCGUGGACGCGCACAAGUGGACGCACAAAUUCUCGGCGGACGGCGAGAAGCUGCUUCCCGUCGAGCAGGGCAAGCUGUAGCAUGCGUGCACCGGUUAGAACUAGAAGUAUGCACCACACAUCGUUGUACCGG